UAAUAAUGACAGUAAUAAAAUCUUUUAUGUUCUGUUUGUUCUUAGAAAACCUCUCAUCUUGAUAAUCCUUUCCGUUUCAAAUUUUUCAACAAACCUAAACUAGAUUAUUUAAUUUUAAAUUAUCAGAACGACCAGUUCUUUCUCUCGCUUUCGCUUCCUAGUCAUAACAUACCAUUUUCCUGGUUCUUUGAAUUGGAUCCGUUUGGAAAGUUUCUUUGUGGUGCUCUUGAUGGGUGCGCCUAAGCAGAAAUGGACAGCAGAAGAAGAAGCAGCUUUAAAAGCUGGAGUGAUAAAACAUGGGGCUGGCAAAUGGCGUACUAUACUCAAAGAUCCUGAAUUUAGUGGUGUCUUGUAUUUGCGUUCAAAUGUGGAUCUCAAGGAUAAAUGGAGAAAUAUGAGUGUAAUGGCAAAUGGGUGGAGCUCCCGCGAAAAAUCUAAGUUAGCUGUUAAAAGAGUGCAUCACGUCCCUAAACAGGAAGAGAAUCCUAUGGGUUUAAAUACUGUUGUUCAAAGUGAUGAAGAUUUUUCGGAUACUAAGUCAAUUGUGGUCUCCAAUCCUAUGAUGCAGACUGUUGGUCCCAGGAGAAGUACUGUAAGGCUGGAUAAUCUUAUAAUGGAGGCUAUAACUACCUUGAAGGAGCCUGGUGGUUCUAAUAAGACGACAAUAGCUGCAUACAUAGAGGAACAAUAUUGGCCACCUCAUGACUUCAAGAAGAUAUUGUCUGCAAAAUUGAAGUAUUUGACAUCAAACGGCAAGCUGAUUAAGGUUAAACGCAAGUAUAGGAUUGCACCUACUUCUACAUUUUCUGACAGGAGGAGGAAUUCUUCCAUGUUGUUCUUGGAGGGAAGACAAAGAAUAUCUCCAAAAGUGGAGAGGGACGAUUUCAGUAUGCUUACAAAGGCUCAGAUUGAUUUGGAGUUGGCUAAGAUGAGAACUAUGAGUGCACAAGAGGCUGCUGCAGCAGCUGCUCGAGCAGUUGCAGAGGCAGAAGCUGCUAUAGCUGAAGCCGAAGAGGCUGCAAGGGAGGCAGAGGCUGCAGAGGCUGAUGCAGAAGCAGCACAAGCUUUUGCAGAAGCAGCUUUGAAGACACUGAAAGGAAGGACUCCACCCAAGAUGAUGAUUAGAGCUUGAUGGAGAUAUUGAGAAUUGGUAAAUGACUAAUGAGGGCACUUGAACCACACCGAGAUAGAUGUCCCUCACAUGCUGGGAUUGCAUGUCUGUACAUAUAGAAAAGCCUUUUUUGUAGGGUACACGAUGUAUUUACCUGUGGAUCCUCACGGUUUGGUAGGUUGUAAUUGCAUAGGCAGCUCUUUCUUUUUGACAAUACCAAAUGGGAGCUUGUUAUUUUCCUUCUUUCUGGAAGGAUUCUGGUUUGUGGUCAGAAUUUAUCACCAUGUCAGGUUUUAAGAAAAAAGUAGCUGGAAUGUAGAAAGUAAUCGGAGCAAUGGAAUUCUGACACAGAUGUUUGUUUGUAGUUCUCUUACGAAGAUGUUUGUUUGUAGUCCAUUUUAUGUUUAUUACAAGAGGAAACAGUUUUGGGGUAUUGGUUUAUGCCCCAAUCUGGUCCUAGAUUAUAUUAUUGACGUAUGCACAUGGAUAAGCAUGUGUCCGGAGUUACUUUGCUUUAUUCGAAAUUUCAUUUUGUAAUCAUAUGUAGAAUGGUAGCAGAGAAGCCAUUAGUUAAUCUUCAAUUUGACCUGAAUGUUGAUUUUUCUGAAUAAAUGAUAUCGUUUCCAUG